CGGGUGAAGGGGCCUCGGAAGAAGGGAUGUGGGCAGCUCUGCUGGGAAGCACCUGUGACGGCGACUGUGCUUUUGCUGUUGGACCCCGUUGGGAAACCUCGGCAAGGACACGGCUGAGACAGCGCACAGGGUCAGGGCGGCCGAUGGGGAAGCGAGGGAGGGCAGACCCAGAGCCGACAUGGACGCUGGUGGGGGGCGGGCAGAGCUGGAGCCUGACCUGGACCUUUCGGUGGGGAGGGUGGCAGGGACGGACCCUCAGCCGACGUGGAUGUAGCAGGGUUGCGGGGGGGGGAGGUCUGUGCCUUAGGAGGAGUGGGUCCUGGGUCCCUAGGCUCUGCCCCUGUCUGGAAGCAGCCAUGCAGGGGUACUGGGGUUCUCUCACUCCCAGACCAGCCUGGCUGGAUUCAUUCACACGGAUGUCCAGGCACAGCCUGGAAAGGAAACUCGGCUGGACGUUUCCUCAGAGGAGACCCCCCCCCCCAGCCCCGUGCCUGGCAGGGAGGGACAGGCAGGGCCGUGGCUCGGGGCCCCGGACGGCAGGGUCAGAGCAAGGAGCCCGUCCUGCCUCAUCAGGUUUGGCUCAGACAUGGGCAUGUGUUUAUGGGGCUGUGGAUGGGGGGCCCCAGUGGGGCAGGCUGGCAAUGCCACCAAGUGAGGAGACCCAACGUCUGGGAAAGGAAAGCCGCUUCUCUGACGGCGAGGCUACGGGCCCAGGGGUGGGGUCGGGAGGCCAGCACACAGGCCUGGUCUCCUCAGGGGCGGCCAGAGCCGGGGUGGGGGGGCGCCCAGGGCUGCAGCCCAGGGCCCUGUCACUCAGAGGCCACAUGGUCCGGGGAGGACGCACACCACGGGGAAGGCCUGACAGCCUGCCUGAGCAGAGGCUGGGGUCCGGGGCGGCCACCUCCAGGCUCCGGUGGCCAUCAGAGCCCACUAUCCAAGACUCUGCUUUGCGACCUCAAAUGAGAGAUGCUUCCCCAGUGAAAACCCGCUAAUGGGCGCGCACUUUGCUGGUGCCCCAGGCCGCUUUUCCAGCCGCUUUCUGCUCAUGUCACCAGCACGUUCCCCGAAGUGACCACAACGGUAACUGGAAGCACAAAGGCAGGGCCCACCCCCGCUUUCUCUGUUCCCCGUUUUCUCACCACUUCUUGUUAAGUCUGGGUUUGCUUCUCUCACUUUCCUCUCACGUCCUGGAUCCACUGUGUCCGCCUGGCACUUUUUUAUUAUUAAAUACCUCAUUUCAAAAGCGCGGACGAGAGGGUGCUGGGUCACGUCUGCACUCCUGUCCUCACCCCUCGGGUGGGAGGCGGCGCGAGGGCCCCACGGUGGCCGCUGGUCCCCUUCCUGCAAGUGCUGGUGCUGGGAGCUCAGUGGGGCCUCGGGGGGUGGGGGGCGUGCUGCCCGGCCCCCUGCCCCGGCCCGUUUCACCCUGGGCCCUCCCCAGGGCAGUGGAGAGGACCCAGUCCUCGAGCCCCCUGGUUACAUUAGCCCCCCGGACUUUGCUCCCUCCUCCGGGAGCCAAGGGAACACAGGCAGGCAGGUUUCAAAUCCCACCCCUUCCGUCGGUUCCCUGCCCUCCCCUCCCCGUGCUCCCCCAGCCAACCAGGAACCCCUUUGGGGAAUGUUUGCAAGGAGCAGGGCCUCAUCCUUCACCACAAGCUGGUCCACCCCCGGGCUCACCUCCCUUGAACCCUGGUGUCCCCUGGGGUCAGAGGGUUCCUGGGGGUCCUUAUUUGCCUUUCUUUUCAAGGCCUCUGUUUAUUCAGUGCCUACUAGCAGCAAGUGCUGAGAAUAAGUGUAUAAAUAAGACUGAAUCAUCAUCUUUAAGGAAAAGCAAAAUAAAGCAUGUUGCAGUUCCCUUGUGUCGCAGCGGGUUAGGGGUCCAGCCUUGCCCCAGCUGUGGCAGAGGUCUCAGCUGGGCAUCAGGAAUUCGGUCCCUGGCCCCAGGAACUUCCACAUGCUGUGGGUGCAGCCAAAAAAAAAAGACCGCGUCCUUAAGCUCUACACCUGAAACUAAUUCCAGCUAAAGCACUACGGUUCAAUCGAACAAAACAAAGCAAAGAGAGAAAGAAAACCAGAAUACCUCCCUCGCUAUCCCUGCUUGCCUGGUCAGGGGCGGAGAGCUCGGUGAGAGAGACGCCUCUUUGGGAAUCUGUUCCUUGGGCGGCGAAGGCCCGACCCCACCAGCUGUUUACAAUCCAUCAUCCAGCAGUUUCCAUGUGGUUGUCAUGCUGCUUGUGACGGGAAAGAGAAUCUCGGUGUCCAAAUACUGGACUUGCAGCUUCAUAAAUCAGGAAGCUCUCGCCAUUCAAAUCAUCAUAUUGACAGCAAAUUUGCAUAAUUUUCCUAGUUUGCUUUGCGGUUGAGGUCAGGUCUCUCCUGUUCUCAGUGGGUGGCCCCUGGGAAGCGGCCAAGUGGGGGCCUUAAACUGGGGGGGCAUCAGAGGCGCUUGGAGGGGUGAGAGAAGCCUGGGCGGAUGUGUGUGGGGGGUCUCUCUGGGGAGCAGCUUGCCAGGCCUCAGUGACAAUGCCUACCCACGGUGGCACAGCCCAGGAGAGCUGGGGUCUUCCCCGGAGACAGCAGGGACCUUCCUCCAGAGCAGGGUCUCGUGCCAACUGAUAAAUGGGCAGAGGCCAAAAGCGGGUAGUUCAGAGCUGUGACAUCCAAAUGGCUACUACGUAUAUGAAAAAUGAUUUUCUCACCGGGAAUCAGAAAUGCAAAGCCAAGCAACACGGCCCUCGUGUGUCAUCCUCUGGGCUGAUGGUGUGACGGCCGAGAGCCUUGUUCAGCUCUGCCUCCUGGGACGGAACCGGCCGGUGUCCUUCCACACACUCCUUUGGGCCUGUCCACGCUGCUCUUGUCAAGCUGUCCCCAGGACAACGGAAAUGGACAACAGCGCUGCGCCUCUCGUGGCGCUGCGUGUCAUCAGAAAGAGAAGAUGCCGUUUCUGGCCAACAUCGGAGCCAAGGACGGCCAGUUGCUCUGUUGCCUGGAGAUACAGCAGGGAGGCUGCGUGAAGGCCCAGGCGGAGACCCCUGGAGCCCCAGCGCCUGGAAGAGGCCGGAAGGUCCUGCCCCGGAGGGUCUGGAGGGGCCUUGCUUUUUGGCUUCUAGAGUCCAGAUCUGUGAGGGGAAAAUUUCAGUUAUUUGAAGCUACUCAGGUUGUGGUACUUGGUCACUGCAGCCCUAGGCAACAAAUAAGGCAGAAAAAUGUUUAAUUAAAACGGUGAAAGGUGCAAAAAAAAAAGGGGGGGGCGCAGUUCCCAUCGUGGCGCAGUGGUUAACGAAUCCAACUAGGAACCAUGAGGUUGAGGGUUCGGUCCCUGCCCUUGCUCAGUGGGUUAAGGAUCCGGCGUUGCCGUGAGCUGUGGUAUAGGUGGCAGACACAGCUCGGAUCCUGCUUUGCUGUGGCUGUGGUGUAGGCCGGUGGCUACAACUCCGAUUGGACCCCUAGCCUGGGAACGUCCAUAUGCCGCAGGAGCGGCCCAAGAAAUAGCAAAAAGACCAAAACAAAAACAAAAACAGUGAAAGGUGGAAAAAUCUCCAGGGGACAGGCCACGUGGGGGACCCUCCCUGGGCCUCACCCCUUGCCCCCCGCCCCCGCAGUGUGGCACUGGCUGUGCUGUCCCUGCUGGUCCUCUAGGCUCCUCCUGGCUCUGCCACCUCCCGGUGUCUGAUACUGACAAGGAGCACGAGGGCCGCCCUGGGGGAACUUGUCUUGCGGAAUCAAGCUUGUUUCUUGGUGC